CCUUGUCCCUUGUCAUACAGAUGAGGAGCAGGAGGAGGAGGAACAUCCCGACUCGGGCGAUUCCUCCAGCAGCCAGAGACCUCUGGACCCCCGCGCCCUGCUCAGAUGAAUGUCUGCUGGGGCCGGGAGCUCCAGAAGGAGACCACCAUCUCGUGCUGGGUCCUCUUCCACAACCAGCAGCUACCGUGACCGCUCACCUGUCUCCCGGGCCAGUGCACCCGCCAGCGAUGGCAGUGAGGCCAAAGAGAGUAUGCAAGUAGGAGGACGAACUGAAGCAGAAGAAGAAGGAGAAGGAGAACCACCUCCAGCUAAUCCCAUAGCUGCCAUGUCAGCAGAGGAGCGACUUGCCACCAAGAAGAAAAGGGUGCGUCCGUCAGCAGCUACGAGAACUGUGGCAGCUGUGGAUCAGCUCAAGGCUUGCUCAGAAGAGCACAUGGCAGCACUGAUGCAGCAGGAGCAGCGAGCCUGUGAGGAAAGGGAGAGGGCCAGACAGUCCCACAGGGAGCUUAUGGAAAGGGCACUGGGAUUUCAAGAGAGGACACUGGAAGUUCAAGAGAGGGCUGUUCAGAACCAGGAGAGAGCAAUAGAGAGGGCAGACCAACAUCACGAGAGCACAGUCCAGGAGCAGAGGUGACUCAACACCACCUUGGAAGCGCAGACUGUUCUGAUGGGGCAAAUGCUGGAGAUCAUGAGGGGAGG